GUGGCGCAUAGUCGCAAAUCAUAGCAGACAGUACGAUGACUUGAUACAGUCAUUCUAUAACUGCUCCACCUUUUUCUCCUGGCCUACUGCCCAAUCCACCACGUAGAUCCGCACAAUGGUCAAAUCAUACAGCAAGUACGAGCAGACCGACUCUUUCGGCGUGGUCGCGACUGCCACCUCGAACAUUGUUUGGACUCCCGAAGGACUCCUCCAGCCUGGAUUAAAUCGACCUGCAGGCGCCGGACGCGCAUACGCCGCCGCAAACGAAGAAGUUUUGUGCUGGGACGUCAAGAAGGGCGAGCUUCUAAGCAGGUGGCGCGACGCAUCUUGUACCGACGAGGUGACGGUCAUAUGUCGGAGUGAGGUGGAUGAGGAUGUCUUCGCCGUUGGAUACGCAGACGGAAGCAUUCGCAUAUGGGACGCGCGAACAGCGACUGUCAUAAUAAGCUUCAAUGGCCACAAAUCCGCGGUUACCACAUUAGCGUUCGAUCAGACCGGAGUGCGACUAGCAAGUGGCGCAAAGGAUACAGAUAUCGUAAUUUGGGAUCUGGUCUCCGAGACUGGCCUGUUCAAGCUGCGAGGGCACAAGGGUCAAAUCACAGGGCUGCGCUUUCUACAUCCUGGCAAUGCCUCUCCCGAGGAUGGUGUGGACAAUGAAGAGGUGGACAUGGAUGCAGACCAGGCAUUCCUGCUAUCCACCAGCAAAGACUCGUUGAUCAAAAUCUGGGACAUUGCCACACAACACUGCAUUGAGACACAUAUUGCGCAGACGAAUGGCGAGUGUUGGGCAUUGGGCGUAUCGCCAGACGGCAGUGGCUGCAUAACUGCAGGCAACGAUGGAGAACUCAAAGUAUGGGCUAUCGAUCUAUCAGGUCUUCGAACAGCAGGCUCAGCUAUCGGUGAAGGAGAGGACCAAGUUUACCUCACCUCAAGAGGCAUACUUUACCGACAGGGCAAAGACAGGACUCAAGGCAUCUCCUGGUAUGCCAAGUCGGACUACAUCGCCGUCCACGGUGCAGAGAAGGCCGUCGAAAUUUGGCGGAUACGAAGCGAGGAAGAAGUCAGGAAAAGUUUAAUCAGGAAGAGGAAGAGAAAGCGGGAAAAGGCGAAACAAGAGACGAAGAGCGAGGCACAAGACGACGCUGAGGCUGAAGAGCAGACCAACAUUGCGGAUGCUGAAAUUAGCGAAGUCAUAGUACCGUACGUCACCGUUCGAACAGCGGGCAAGGUUAGAUCGGUUGCGUGGAUGCGAAUAAGAGGGACAAAGAAGCUGCAAUUACUAGUCGGCACGAACAACAACCUCAUCGAUAUCUAUGAGAUCCCACAAAAAGGCAAAACGAAGACCGAGGACGCGCCAGACUAUAACCGGACACUGUCCGUUGAGCUCGCAGGCCACAGAAAUGACAUACGAGCAUUAGCCCUCAGCUCGGACGACCGAAUGCUGGCAUCUGCGUCAAGUGGAGGACUCAAGAUAUGGAACGUGAAGACACAGAACUGUCUACGAACAUUAGAGUGCGGUUAUGCCCUUUGUUGCGCCUUCCUACCCGGCGACAAGAUCGUUGUUGUCGGCACGAAGGAUGGUGACAUUGAGCUCUACGACAUCGCUGCUUCGUCAUUACUCGACAAGAUCUCGGCACACGAAGGAGCUGUGUGGACCAUGCAAGUCCAUCCCGAUGGCAAGUCGCUCAUCACAGGCAGCGCAGACAAAUCGGUCAAAUUUUGGAACUUUGAUAUCGUACAGGAAGAGAUUCCAGGAACGAAGCGCACAAUGCCCCGCUUAAAACUCGUCCAGUCGCGCAUUCUCAAAGUAAACGACGAUGUGCUCAGUGUCCAGUUUUCACCCGACUCGAGAUUGCUCGCUGUAGCUACCCUUGACAACACCGUUAAAGUCUUCUUCGUCGACUCUCUAAAGCUCUUCCUCAAUCUAUACGGCCACAAGCUUCCGGUACUCAACAUGUCAAUAUCAAGCGAUAGCAAACUCAUCGCCACAUGCUCCGCUGACAAGAACGUCCGCAUAUGGGGUCUCGACUUCGGUGACUGCCACAAAGCGCUUUUCGGCCACGAAGAUAGCAUCAUGCAGAUCUCCUUUAUCCCGCACCCCGUUGAUGGCGAUGAAAGGCACAUAUUCUUCAGUGCCAGCAAAGACAGGUCGGUCAAGAGCUGGGAUGGCGAUAAAUUUGAGCAGAUCCAGAAAUUCAAAGGUCACCACGGCGAGAUCUGGGCGAUGAUUGUAGCAAGAACGGGUGACUUCAUCGUCACUGCUAGUCACGACAAGAGUAUACGGAUCUGGUCAAAGUCCGACGAACCCAUCUUCCUAGAAGAAGAGCGCGAGCGUGAACUCGAGGACAUGUACGAAAAGACGUUGGCUACCUCCCUCGAGGACGAAGAACCGGUGAACGGAGAACGCGCAGAGGCAGUAGAUGCUUCGAAACAAACAAUCAGCACCCUGACAGCAGGCGAACGUAUUCAAGAAGCCCUGGACCUCGGUGUCGCAGACCUAGAAGUCGUCCGUGAAUGGGAAGAGCAGCGGAAAUCGAACCCUAAGAUGGCGCCACCGCAGCGCAAUCCCCUCUUCCUUGCUCUGGGCAACAUUUCUGCGGAACGUCACGUCCUCAACACGCUCUCCAAAAUCCCCGCCGCACAACUUCACGACGCGUUGCUUGUCCUACCCUUCGCCUCCCUACCAGCUCUAUUCACUUUCCUCUCCAUAUGGGUUCAAAAGCAGUGGAACGUCACGUUGACAUGUCGCGUGCUGUUCUUCAUGCUGAAGACGCACCAGAAACAGAUUGUCGCAAGCAGAGAACUCAAAUCGGUAUUGGAGGCCAUGAGAGCCGACCUACGGACGACUUUGACUGGCAACAAAGACUUGAUCGGAUUCAACGUUGCAGCUCUAGGGUUCGUGAGCGACCGUGUACAUGAUGCGCAGUUGGUGAGGAUAGAAGAUGUGGAUAAGUUCGACGAAGAGAAAACCAGGAGGAAGAGGGGUUUCGUGGACGUUGCGUAAGAAAUGCAAAAUGUUUAUGAAGGUGGGCGUCACGUCCUUGUUUUAGAUACUGUAGUCACGUCACAAUAUGGUUGCAAUCGCAUUUACAAAACUUACACUUCGUUCUUCUUGCAAGUGGGUAGUUGCGUGUUCUUAUCGUAUACCCUUGAUCGACACCUUAGCGGAUAUCGGAAUACCACUCACUGUACCUCUAAAAUCCUUAUUCAGACUUCGAC